UCAGCAUCUUUUCCAAGGCGCGCUUUAAUGUGGAGCCACAGCCUUAUGGCGAGGCGUGGGAGCGAGGGAGCGGUCCGGCGCGUAAACGGAGCUUUACUCUAAUAUGGGUUCGCACGGCGUGGAAGUGGGAGGCGAUGUGAACUUCCACGCACCUCUCUGACCUCUUGCACUGAUCAGGCUUCGAGCAGAGGAGGCUCAACUCAAACCGUCUCCAGAGGGUUUCCACGUUAUAUUCCCCUCAGACUGGCCUGGAAACUGACAUGCCCAUCUUAGAGAAAGAGACGGCCAGAGACCAAGGCAGCCAAGUGCUGCCAAAGGUCCCUGUGCCCCCACUGAAGCAGACCCUCGACACCUACUUGAAGUGCGUCCAGCACCUGGUGAAGGAGGAGCAGUUCAAGAAAACAAAGGCCAUCGUCGAGAAGUUUGGGGCUCCUGGGGGCGUCGGAGAGGUUCUCCAGAAGAAACUCGUAGAGAGGAGGGACAAGACGACCAACUGGGUCUAUGACUACUGGCUGGAGGAUAUGUACCUGAACAAUAGGUUGGCCCUACCUGUCAACUCCAGUCCCGUCAUGGUGUUUCCUAAGCAGACGUUCAGAGAUCAGAAAGAUGCCCUCAGAUUUGCUUCUCGUCUCAUCAGAGGAGUGCUGGAGUAUAAGGCUCUCAUUGAUACGCGAGCGCUGCCAGUGGAGUUUGCUCGAGGCCAACUAGCCGGGACUCCUCUGUGCAUGGAGCAGUACUACCGCAUCUUCACCUCCUACCGCUACCCGGACUUAAAGACAGACUCGCUGAAGGUCCAUGCAGCCUCCUCAGCACCGGAGCACAUGAUCGUGGCGUGCAAGAACCAGUUUUUCGUGUUGGAUGUCGUCGCAAACAGCAAGCAGCUCAGUGAGACGGAGAUCUCAUCCCAGCUGGAGAAGAUCGUGAAAAUGUCAGAAAAUGCUGAAGAGAGACUCCCUCCUUUUGGUAUCUUGACAUCUGACGGGAGGACGGAAUGGGCACAAGCUAGAGACGCACUAACUAAAGAUAAAACCAACAGGGACUCUCUAGCCCUGAUUGAAAGCUGUAUAUGUGUGGUUUGUCUGGAUGAGCCCAGCGGUCUGGAGGCCAAUGACACCAACAGGGCCCUGCUGAUGCUGCACGGCGGCGGCCGGGAGAAGAACGGUGCAAACCGCUGGUACGACAAAUCAAUGCAGUUUGUUGCAGGAAUGGACGGGAUAUGUGGAGUGGUGUGUGAGCAUUCGGCGUUUGAGGGAAUAGUUCUGGUGCAGUGCUCUGAAUUCAUAAUGAAAUAUAUAACAGGAAGUCCCUCCGAGAUGGUUAAAUCCUCUAGCUUCAGAGAGCUUCCCCCUCCAAGAAGGCUGCUUUGGAAAUGUAACCCCAGCAUUCAAGGACUCCUAUCGGCAUCUGGAGACAGACUCCAGAGGCUGGUGAACAAUCUUGACAUGGACGUGUUCAAAUUCAAAAUUUAUGGGAAAGAAUUUAUCAAGAAACAGAAGAUGAGUCCAGAUGCCUUCAUACAAGUUGCCUUACAACUUGCAUUCUACAAAUGCGGUAGAAGGCUCGUUCCCACCUAUGAGAGCGCCUCCAUUCGGCGUUUCCAGCAAGGCCGGGUGGAUAACAUCCGCUCAGCCACCGCUGAGGCUCUGGCCUUUGUGAAGUCUAUGACAGACGAGAGGGUAACUUACACGGAUUCAGAAAAAAUGAAACGACUGAGGGAUGCAAUUAAUGCCCAGACAAAUUACACAAUCGCAGCUAUUACAGGAAUGGCAAUAGACAAUCACCUCCUCGGGCUUCUGAGGAUCGCAAAGGAUCUCAACAUGGAGAAGCCAGAGAUCUUCUGUGAUGAGACGUAUCUGGCCAGUAACCAGUUCAUCCUCUCCACCAGUCAGGUUCCCACCACAGUGGAGAUGUUCUGCUGCUACGGCCCAGUGGUUCCCAACGGCUAUGGCGCAUGCUACAACCCACAGUCGGACCACAUCAUGUUCUGCAUGUCCAGUUUCUGGGAGAACACGCAGACGAGCUCGGUGGUUUUCGUCAAGGCCCUGAACGAGGGCCUGCUGGAAAUCAGGGACCUGUGCAAUAGAAGCAGUGCUGCAGCUACCAAGCCGGCUGAGAGCAGCCAGGCAGCGGGGCAGCCUCGCAAAUCAGGGAAGUAAGCCAUACUGGGAGAGCACUCAGCUGCUCCGCUCAGCACCUUUAGACUUAGAAUUUAGCUUUAGCCUCAGUAGUUGAGACGCCUUCAUGUGUCUUUGUGCAAUAGUAUUUCUUUCACAACAAAAUACAAAGCCUUAAAGUUCUCAUGUAACUAUAUAUAGUAUAUAGAUAUAUUAAAAAAAAUAUGACUUAAAAUGGGAAAACUAGUUUUCUUUUGGAUGUUUGUGGACAAUAGAAUGAUUUCGGGUCCAACGCUGACCCUGCUUGACUUAGGAAACUGAAGCCAUGUCUGCUUUUGUAGCACUGAUUUGAGGGUCAACUCCUCUGUCAGAGAGUGAUUCAACUGAAUGAUCCUAAUGUAUAUCUCAUACACAUAGAGUAGCAGUGUUAUUAUAGAUGACAGAAAAAUAAAUGAAGUAUAUAUAAGUGACUUAGAACAAUCAUGACGUCCUGUAAAUGUGACCCUGCCAACCUCACUUCUUGUGUGCCAUUAUGUUGUAACAACACACUGUAUCGGUUAAACCGCAAGAUCCUUUUAAAUGUGCCGUUUCUAUUCUCGUACGUAUUUGUGCUCUAUUGACACCACAUAGAGUCGGUGAAUACAUGGAGGCACUUUAUUUAUUUAUACAGAGAUAUGAAUAUAAACAGGUUAUAAUUUACGUGAGAAAAGUGAGUUGUGUGAUGCGGUUUAAGUGGCACAUUUGAAGUUGUGUAGAUGUACUGUGUGUGUGUGUGUGUGUGUGUGUGUGUGUAUUCUUAAAUAUAGCAAUAGAUGUAAAGCGCAACUUUGUGAGCAAAGGUACAGUCCAGUGGUGACUGAAGCAAACCACUGUGUCCAUGUGUGUACAUUUCAUUUGCACUUCGAGGUAGAAUGAUGUGUUGUUAGAUUGUAGGUUCUCUGUGCAAUAACACAAUAGCAAGUGCAGUGAGGGUUUAUGUGCAGUUUGCCAAAUCAGCUCAUUAGAUGCAUGUAGCUUUGUGUGAUAAUAAAUUAACUACAGUUGCUAUUUUUGAUACUCAGAAACAUGGCGAUCGACAUCACGCAUGCAGUUUCGGUCACAAAAAAAUGUCCAUUCAUAGUGCACUGUGACUUAGAUUCUUCUACAAAUGCAUAUUGUGUUCAAUCUGUGGUGGCUCGUGUUCCAGGAAAUCGAAUCAGUGCUUCUUAGCAGUGAAAAUGUGAGGAUAUUUGUUGUCCAGUGUCCACAUGGUAUGUAGGUUAUGUGUCUAUGCAUCAUCUGCCAACGUGAAUGUGAACCAUAAUUUCAAAUUCCAUGACUACAAGCGACACACGUGCAUGUUUAUUCUUACAUAAUAGUUGUAUUUUUAUAUGUCCACAUGAAAAUAUGAUAACAGUAAAAUAUUGUGAAAGAGAAUUCAAAAUGCCUUAAAGUAAAGUAAUGCAAACUUUUUUUUUUUUCACGGUUCCUAUAUCAGAUGUUAUAUUCGGUCAGUGUUUAAUGUUUUAACUGUUCAUUUGGUGUUUCGACUUGGUGCUUGCUGUCUAAUCUGUAAAAGAAUGUAGUAUUUGUUAUGUGUUAUCCAGUGGAUUCUCUGUUGGUUCCAUUCAUAAAAAGCAACUAAUGAUGAGGCUAGUACAUCUGUUGUAUAACAACAUUGUGUUAAUGUGGCCUGAUAAAUGACACUCAUCCAUCGUAACAUCUUUUUAAAUGGUAUUUAAUGUGAAACACAUCGCUGUUUCAUUUUGAUAUCAAUUGUGGUGCAAUGUCUUCAUCAUUGUGAAAUGGAAAAGAAAAUCUUUAUUUUUUUUUGUAGGCUAUAGCAAUAUUUUGUUGAUGGGAAAAGAAAAAAAAAUCACACAUUUAAGCUGUAAUAAAACUGGCAUGUAGCAAAAUUGGAUGCACAGCUCCAUAAAUAAAUAAAACAAAGUAAUUAAAACUUU